GCAUGUGAUAAUUUAUUCAGGGAAACGCACAAAACGUGCACCGCCGUGCGAAUAUAUGGGGGUUGAGCUCGAGCGCGUAACGUGACGCCAUCAUCGCUCGCGUCACAAAUAAAAAGUGAAAGUAAAUGUGCAGAAACACCAUUUAAACAACCAGAAUCGAUUCUACAACAGGAACAUCAGUGUUUUUAUAUGAACCUUUAUAAAAGCUAAGUCUUGAAUUUACGUGUAGAUGCUUGAUAGAAAAUGUGGAGGAGUUUUUUUAAUCGAUGUUGAUCAAGAUCUUCCAUCCAGAGUCAGUGUUGGAGAUCAGAUUCUGUUUCAACUGUUCAGAUUCAUCAUGGAUGACACACAAACAUCCAGAGAUGAAGAUUUUUCUCCAGGAUGCAGUUCAGUUCAUCAGAAGAGAUCAGAACCAGAGCCCAGCUGUGUGUCUAUGAGGAGUGACGGGUCUAUGGGUCAAAUAAUACAUUUUAAGAGUGGAGAUACACAGACUGAUCUCAGUUCAGUUCAUCAGAAGAGAUCAGAACCAGAGUCCAGCUGUGUGUCUAUGAGGAGUGACGAGUCUAUGGGUCAUAAAAUACAUUUUCCGAGUGGAGAUACACAGACUGAUCUGAGCCAUGAAGUCCUCAACAGGUUUAGAUCAUAUCUGAUGAAGAAGUUUGAGUGUCUGUAUGAGGGAACAGCACAGCAGGGAAACCCAACACUCCUGAAUGAGAUCUACACAGAGCUCUACAUCACAGAGAGUGAGAGUGGAGAGAUCAGUAAUGAGCAUGAGGUGAGACAGAUUGAGACACAAUCCAGGAGAGCAGCAACAGAGGACACACCGAUCCAAUGCAAUGACAUCUUUAGACCUUUACCUGGACAAGACAAACCCAUCAGAACUGUGCUGACAAAGGGAGUCUCUGGCAUUGGAAAAACAGUCUCUGUGCAGAAGUUCAUCCUGGACUGGGCUGAAGGGAAAGAGAAUCAGGACGUCCAGCUCAUAUUUCCACUUCCUUUCAGAGAGCUCAAUUUGAUGAAGGACAAAACACUCAGUCUUUCAGAUCUUCUUCAUGUCUUUUUCCCUGAAACAAAAGAAAUGGAAAUAUCCAGUGACGAAUAUAAAGUGUUGUUCAUCUUUGAUGGUAUGGACGAGUGUCGUCUGUCUCUGGAUUUUCAGAGCGAUGUGAGGUUGUGUGAUGUAAGUGAAUCAGUCUCAGUGGACGUGCUGCUGAUGAACCUCAUUGUGGGGAAUCUGCUUCCCUCUGCUCUCAUCUGGAUCACCUCCAGACCAGCAGCAGCUGAUCGUCCCUCUGAGUGUGUCCAUCGAGUGACAGAGGUACGAGGUUUCAAUGAGCCACAGAAGGAGGAAUACUUCAGGAAGAGAAUCAGUGAUCAGAGUCUGGCCAAUACAAUCAUCACACACCUGAAGUCCUCAAGGAGCCUCUACAUCAUGUGCCACAUCCCAGUGUUCUGCUGGAUCUCAGCUGCUGUUCUAGAGAAGAUGUUGAGCGAAGCAGAGAGUGGAGAGAUUCCCAAGACUCUCACUCAAAUGUACACACACUUCCUGAUCCUUCAGACCAACAUCAAACAUGAGAAGGACUAUGAGAAGAACGUGACAGAUGAAGACAUGAUCCUCAAACUGGGGAAAGUGGCUUUUCAGCAGCUUGAGAAAGGCAAUGUGAUCUUCUAUGAGGAAGACCUGAGAGAGUGUGGCAUUGAUGUGACAGAAGCAUCAGUGUACUCAGGAUUGUGCACUCAGAUCUUCAGAGAGGAGUUUGGCUGGUAUCAGGGGAAAGUCUUCUGCUUUGUUCAUCUGAGCGUUCAGGAACAUCUAGCGGCUCUAUAUGUGCACCUCUCCUGUACAAACAACAACAUAAAUGUGUUUGACCAAAUCACCAAACAGAGUUUGCUGUCUAAAGUUAAGGAGAGGUUGAAACAUGUUUCAUUAUCUGAGCUGCAUCAGAGAGCUGUGAAUGAGGCUCUACAGAGUAAAAAUGGACAUCUGGAUCUUUUCCUGCGAUUUCUUCUGGGUCUGUCAGUGGAGUCUCAUCAGAUUCUCCUAAAAGGACUAAUGAAACAGAGAAGAAGCAGAUCUGACAGCAGUGAGAAAACAGUUGAGUACAUCAAGAAGAAGAUCAGCACCAUUGACUCUCCAGAGAAAUCCAUCAAUCUGUUCCACUGUCUGAAUGAACUGGGUGAUCAUUCACUAGUGGAGGAAAUACAACAUUAUCUGACAUCUGGAAGAAUAAAGGAAGCCAAACUCUCUUCAUCUCAGUGGUCAGCUGUAGUUUUUGUGUUGUUGACAUCAGAGAAGAAGCUGGACGAGUUUGAUCUCACAAAGUUUAUUCUAGGAAACAAUGAAGCUGAAGAUAUGAAAGUUUUUCAGAAGCUGCUGCCCGUGAUUAAAGAAUCCAGAUCAGUUCAGUUGAGUGAUUGUGGAGUCACAGAUGAAGGUUGUGCUGCUCUGACUUUAGCUCUGAGAUCAAACCCCUCACACCUGAGAGAUCUGAAUCUGUCUGGGAAUGAAAUAGGAAAAUCAGUGAAUCUGCUGUCUGAUGUACUACAGGAUCCUCACUGUAAACUGGAGAAACUGUGGUUGAGUUAUUGUGGAAUCACAGAUGAAGGUUGUGCUGCUCUGACUUUAGCUCUGAGAUCAAACCCCUCACACCUGAGAGAACUGGAUCUGUCAUGGAAUGAAAUAGGAAAUUCAGUGAAUCUGCUGUCUGAUGUACUACAGGAUCCUCACUGUAAACUGGAGAAACUGUGGUUGAGAGAUUGUGAUAUCACAGAUGAAGGUUGUGCUGCUCUGACUUCAGCUCUGAGAUCAAACCCCUCACACCUGAGAGAACUGGAUCUGUCUGAGAAUAUAAUAGGAGAAUCAGUGAAUCUGCUGUCUGAUGUACUACAGGAUCCUCACUGUAAACUGGAGAAACUGUGGUUGAAGGAUUGUGGAGUCACAGAUGAAGGUUGUGCUGCUCUGACUUCAGCUCUGAUAUCAAAUCCCUCACACCUGAGAGAACUGGAUCUGUCAUGGAAUGAAAUAGGAAAUUCAGUGAAUCUGCUGUCUGAUGUACUACAGGAUCCUCACUGUAAACUGGAGAAACUGUGGUUGAGUUAUUGUGAUAUCACAGAUGAAGGUUGUGCUGCUCUGACUUCAGCUCUGAGAUCAAACCCCUCACACCUGAGAGAACUGGAUCUGUCUGAGAAUAUAAUAGGAGAAUCAGUGAAUCUGCUGUCUGAUGUACUACAGGAUCCUCACUGUAAACUGGAGAAACUGUGGUUGAAGGAUUGUGGAGUCACAGAUGAAGGUUGUGCUGCUCUGACUUCAGCUCUGAUAUCAAAUCCCUCACACCUGAGAGAACUGAAUCUGUCUGGAAAUAAAAUAGGAGAUUCAGCAUGUGAACUGCUCACUGAUCUAAAGAAUUCUCCACAUUGUAAACUAAAGACACUGUGGUUAUGA